AUGCACAUCCAGGACGAGAUCCUGCAGGAGAGCCUGCGGCAGCCCGAGGUCUUUUGGGCCCGUCAAGCCGCGCGCCUGCACUGGCACAGGCAGCCCGACGCCACGCUGCGCGCCCUCGACAAGACGCUCGCCGACGGCACGGCGCACGCCUCCUGGGAGUGGUUCCCCGGCGGCGAGCUGUCCACCUGCUACAACUGCGUCGACCGGCACGUGCUCGCGGGCCGCGGCGACAAUGUGGCCAUUUACUACGACAGCCCCGUUACAAACACCAAGACGCGGUAUACCUACAGCCAGCUCCUCCAAGAAGUCGAGACGCUGGCGGGCGCACUCCGCCAGGAAGGCGUGAAUAAGGGCGACGUCGUCAUGGUGUACAUGCCCAUGAUUCCCGCCGCCAUCAUUGGCAUCUUGGCGAUUAACCGCCUCGGCGCCGUGCACUCGGUCGUCUUUGGCGGCUUCGCGGGCACCGCCCUCGCGCAGCGCAUCGACGCCUGCCGGCCGGUACUGCUCCUGACGGCGUCGUGCGGCAUCGACGGCGCCAAGCCCCCGAUCCCGUACCGGCCGCUCGUGGAAGAGGCCGUCCGCCUCGCCGCGCACAAGCCGCGCCGCACCAUCAUCUGGCAGCGCGAGGAGCUGCGCUGGGGAAAGACGGACCGCGUGCGCCAGUCGUCGUGGCAAAAGUGGGUGCGCAGCGCAAAGGACCGCGGCGUCAAGGCCGACUGCGUGCCGGUGGGCAGCGGCGAUGCCGUGUACGUGAUUCACACGUCCGGCACGACGGGCGCGCCCAAGGGCGUGCGCCGCGACGCGGCGGGGCACGCCGUCGGCUUGAAUCUCUCCAUCGGCUACCUGUUUGGCAUCCACGGCCCCGGGGACGUUAUAUGCACGGCGUCGGAUAUCGGCUGGGUCGUGGGCCACUCGUACAUUGUCUACGCGCCGCUGCUGGCGGGCGCCGCGACGGUGCUCUACGAGGGCAAGCCGGUCGGGACGCCCGACGCCUCGUCGUUUUGGCGCCUCGUCGACGAGUACAAGGUGAAUGCGCUGUUCACCGCGCCGACCGCCCUGCGCGCCAUCCGCCGCGACGACCCGGACAACAAGUUCCUGACGCAGGCGGGAGAGCGCGACGGCCUGCGCUCGCUCAAAGCGCUGUUCCUCGCGGGCGAGCGCUCCGAGCCCAGCCUCAUCUCCAUGUACCAGGCGCUGUUUGACAAGUACGCCGCGCCGUCGGGCGCGCACGUCAUUGACAACUGGUGGUCGACCGAGGUCGGGUCGCCGAUGACGGGCCGCGCACUCGCGCCGCAUACCGCGCGACGCGACCGCCAGAGCAGCAGCACCACCGCACCACCUCCCGUGCACCACCCGCCGCCGCCGCCGCCGCCGCCGCCAAUCAGGCCAGGCAGCGCCGGCAAGGCCAUGCCGGGCUUUGACAUUCGUGUCGUCAAUGAUGACGGCGAGGAGGUGGCGCGCGGGAGCAUGGGCAAUAUUGUACUCGGGAUGCCGCUGGCGCCGACGGCGUUUCGCACGCUGUGGGGGGACGAGGCGCGCUACUACAAGAGCUAUCUGAAGAGGUUCGACGGCAAGUGGAUGGACACGGGCGACGCGGGCAUGAUUGACGAUGAAGGCUACGUGCACGUCAUGAGCCGCAACGACGAUGUGCUCAACGUCAGCGCCCAUCGCCUCUCCAGCGGCGGCAUCGAACAAGCCGUGUCGUCGCACCCACUUGUCGCCGAGUGUUGCGUAGUCGGCAUCCCCGACGCGCUCAAGGGCCAGCUGCCAUUUGCCUUUAUCACGCUGUCCGAGUUCGCCGGCGCGGAGCACAUGUCCUCGGCGAUCCCCUCCGACAAGGUGACGGCCGAGAUCCAGUCGCUGGUGCGGACGCAGGUGGGCGCGAUUGCGACGCUCGGGGGCAUCAUCCAGGGCCGGGGCAUGAUACCCAAGACGCGGUCGGGCAAGACACUGCGGCGGGUGCUGCGGGAGCUGGCGGAGAAUGCGGUGCACGGGGAGUUUGAGCGUCCGGUGGCGGUGCCGAGCACGGUCGAGGACGCGGCGGCGGUGGAGGUGGCGAGGGGUAAAGUGAAGGAGUACUUUGAGAGCAUGGGGCACAAGCACAAGGCGAUUGAGGCCAAGGCGAAGCUGUAG